UAUGUCGAGACUUUGCUAUUCUGGAAGAUCAUACCUUGGCCCAUAAUUUACAGGAACAAGAGAUUGAGCAUCACUUGGCCACAAAUGUUCAGCGUAAUCGUCUGGUGCAACAUGACUUGCAGAUGGCCAAGCAACUGCAAGAAGAGGAGGAUAAGAAAGCCCGUGCUCAAAUCCAGAAACACCAAAAAGACUUGGAACGACAGGACUGCGAGAUUGCUCAGGAAAUCCAAGUGAAGCUUGCGUUUGAAGCAGAGGAACGCCGCAGGCAAGAGGAAAAAGACGAGGAUAUUGCCCGUCUCCUACAACAGAAAGAACUGCAGGAAGAAAAAAAGCGCAAGAAGCACUACCCAGAGUCCCAGGGACACACAGGCUAUGAAGAGAGUUACUAUGCAGAAAAUGGAGGCACCAACUUGAGGGGGAUGAAACAAGGCAUGUACGAUGGACGCCGAAUGGAACAGGAAUUGUCUGAUGCAGAGAUUGCUCGCAAGCUGCAGGAGGAAGAGCUCCUGGCUAAUGAAGCAGAUCAGAAGGCAGCUCAGGUAGCCCAAGAUGAGGAAAUUGCUCGACUCUUGAUGGCUGAGGAGAAAAAAGCUUUAAGAAAAGAGAAAGAGAGAGAAAAGUCUUCCUUUGAAAAGAGGAGGCAUGACCAAGAUUGGAAGCCUGAUGCAGGUGACUCCACACGGUCAAGGUCAAGAGAAGGGCCUGAAACUCAGCGACACAGAAGUGACAGGCCUUCAAGGUCACAGCCUCUCCUGGAUGACUUGGAACACUCUCGGUAUUACACGAGCCAGCCCAGCCCCUUGCGCCAGAUCCCCAAACCUGAGCAUUCUCCUAAAGGUUCCCGUAGGAAGCAGUAAACUGUGCUAGCCUUUGCUUUGGUACUGACUCUUCUGUAGCAAACAUUACUGGAACUGCCAGGCAACUUUCUCCAUUUCUGACCUGAUGGAAAGCCCAUCCUCCGCUCCCAGCAUCAUCUCUUUAAGUGUCAUCAUCUUAAGGAAAAUUGUUUGUUUCAAUUUCUUACUCAUCUGUGAUGACUUGAGCAAUGCAGUAUAAUCUAGCUGCCACUGGGCUGUGCAAAUCAACCAGCUGGCUCAGCAGCUCUCUCAUACAUUCUUUUGAGGGUUUCUUUUUAUUUUUAAGUUUGGCUGGAGCUUUGACAAAUGGAACAAAUUGAGAUGCAUGUACAAUCGAGGAAAAUGGAAGAAAUGAGUUGGGUUAUGGCAAUGCAGCAGAACAUCAGAAGUACAAGUCCUUUCUGUAUUAGGGUAACUUAGCAAGGACAGCUGUAAGAGGAAUUGUGUUUCUUCCUGUGUUGGAUAGCUGAGCGAGCCAACCUGACAGUCAUAUGAGCUUGCAGGAAGGAGAGGGCAUUGUCAAACAUAUACCAGCAAAAGCCAAACCCUGAGACUGGUGAGGCAGGAAUUGCCUAUGAAACAGAAUUUUUUAACUGCUGUAUUUCUUUCUAGGGUUUCCAACAACCUGAGUAGAACGUGUAUAGGCAUUUAGCUCCAGGAUAUAGGAUAGAAUAGUUAAAAGGAAAGACAAUUUCAACUGAAAUUAGACCUUGUGUGCAUGACUUUUAAGAGUUGCCAAGGAGUUCAAGAAGCUGUGAGUUGUGGUUUGGAAAGACUCAUACAAACAGAUCUAUGUGUCUGAAGGGAUCUUUGUGGUUACCUGCUUUGAGAUUCAGUGUGGUAGAAGCCAAGGAAUUUCACUGAAGCCAAGUAGGAUCUCCCAGCUCAGUUUUUGAUGCAUAGAGUAACUUGUUUCUGAACUUGGAUAUGUCUUGUAAACAUGGGGCUGAUGGAGGAUGGGCCGUAUGGGCAUUGAGCAUCGAAUUUAGAAUCUACAGUUACAGGCAACCUGAACCAGACACAGAGGGCUGAACAGUCCCAUGAUGUCUGGGCUGACUGCUUUUCCUCUCCACUGCUCUGUCCAGCACCCCAGGCUAGCUCCUGUCAGGAAUAAAAAAAAAUCACUGCUCUCUAAGGCACAGUAGGGUCUGCAGGUUUAUUGUCUAUGUAGCCUUUUCCCUUGGCCUCCCCUCAUUUCAAUGCUUUUGUCUUUAUAAUAUUUUUUGCCAUUAUUUUCAGGUGUAUUUUUGAACUACAAAGCUGAAUAUCUGGACACUGUCUUGGAGUCUGUUCAGCCAGGGCAAGCUGGUUAUUCAUGGGCUAGCCCAGUUCAUGGCAGAGAGCUUGGCUGCCUUGCCCCUGCAGCCUGACUUUAGUGCCAACACUGAGUCUGUCUCACCACUCUGUUGUUUCCAGCAGCUGCAGUUCUGCCUCAGGCUCUGCAGAGGAGGGGAGACACCUGUGCCCAGGGCAUGGACUUGUUUUCCUCAUCACUGAUCUGCCUGGGAAAGGGGCCUUCCUCUAGGAAGCAGGAAGAGAGCGUGGCUGUCUGCUGUUCCUCUUGUGCACAGCUCAAGCCCCAAGGCAGCUGUAGGGCUUUAACCUUGGCUAUUGUCCUUGGUCAGAAUAGUUUCUGGGCCAAAUCACUGUGAAAACAGUGCAGCUCCUUUUUUACAUAAGUUGCAGGGGCAGGUUUAAUACCACACCAUAAGCCCAUGUCUUGCCUUGACCAACAGCUCAAGAGACUUCCAUCUCCUUCCCCCACUGGCCCAUUGGCAGAAGUUCAGUACCUGUGAAGAACCACAUAGCCCCAACAGAUCUCUGUUCCAGGGAUACCCCAACCAAAAACUUUGCCAUAUAGGACUUUGUGUAUGGGCAGAAUCCUGCUACCUGCAUACCCUUGCUUCCAGACUGUGGCUUACAUGCCUGCAUGGGCUCCAAAGUGACUUUUAACGUCUUCCUUGCUGCUGCUUCUCAGGAAAUAUCCCAGUCAGCAGCUAGAUUUUACUGUCCUUACUUUGUUCCCUCUUCUCAUUCUGUCUCUCUCCAUUCAGAAGUGUUCAUAUUGGUUAAAAAGACAAAAAAACCCCAACAAAAUAGAUGCUAUUUUUUUCUUUCUUAUUUGAUAACUUGGCCCAGUGUGGCAGCUUCAUCUACCAAGGUUUUAUUUUGUAAGGAUUUAUUUUUGUAUUUCAUGUAACAGUCAACAUUUCUACUGCUGAAAAUGCCUUUUUUUUUUUUUUUCCUGUGGGCUUUUCCCUUCCAUUGCCAUCAGAGUAAUUAUUAUUGUGAAAUGGAUGCCUGGUGGGUUUGUAAGAAUUAAUACUUCCUACAAACACCCUAGUCCAGGCACUGCUGCUUGUACCACCUGGUGCACUUGUGAAAAGUGGAUGGAGAAAAGUCCUGCCAAAUCAGAAAGAGGCUGAGCUUUGUACUGGCUGUGUUGGCAGAAAGCUGGUGACUCUCUGCUAAAGGCAAGGGGAGAUCACCAACUAGGAAUUCAGCCCUCCAUGGGCCUCUCUGUCUGGCUGUGAUGGACUUUCUUGCACUGCAGUUGGCUGGUGUCACUUUUGUCUUAACCUAGUCAGAAAAGUCAUGAAGACCCUGAGCCCUCUCACAUUUGAAUAACACAUUAAUUCAGGAGGCACGCUUGGGAGCAUCCAAGUUGUUGGUGUCAAUGGUAGUGAGUAGAAAUGUGAAGGAAAACUGUGGUAGAUUCAGUUUGGAAGCUGGGUAGAGUCUGAAGAACACCUCAGUGCCUCCCUAUGGAGCUGUAGGAUCUCCUUAGUGGCCAGUCAAGCUCUCCACUCAAGACAUCAAGAGACAAGAGCCCAAGAGAAGGGUCCCAGGAGCAGUUGCUGCUUUCUUGGGUGCCUUUGAGGGAUGCUGAAUGCUUUAUGGGCUGGUUUGCUCUGUAUCCUCCCUUAGUCCUUGUCCUUUUUUCUUUCUCCCUAUCUUUAUUCACUUGCUGUCCCUUGUGUUUCUCCUGUUUUAUUACUCCAUAGUCCUUGUGAAAUGGGGGUUCCCAAGGUUUUGCUAGAAGAGAGAGAGGAAUGCUAGGAAUGGCAGCUGAGGAAAGCAGGUAGUAAAUGGGAUAAGAACAGAGCAAUUGUUCAUCUUCUACAUGUUUGGGUCCUCAUGCAGCUGUACAGAUUAGAGACCUCCUGAGGAAGAGGUUGAAACUGAUCUUGCAUAUUUAGAGACUACUUUUGAAAAGGGAUUCCAUGGUCCCACUGAAGUUAACAAGAGUUAAGAUUAUGGAUGAACAAAGAGCCACUUUCCUCCAGGCUCAGCAGCCACAGUUCUGCUGAGGGUCAAGAAGGUGCAGCUUGUGUAGGUGAGAUACAAAAUCAGCACCUUGUACAUGUGUUCCUGGAAAGAGGCACAAUGAAGCUGAUCUUUUGAAAAAAACACUCAAAGCAAUAUUUCUUUCCUAUGACAGAAAAAUGUUUAAGUAUCUUGAUUUUUUUCACUUGUUUGCUCUUGCCAAGUCUCAGUAGCUUUGCCUGUGGGUUUGCUCUGGAUUUAGUAGCAUGUUGGAGCCCUGGCUGGGACCCCUGCCCAGGUCGUUCAGGUCCUGCAUCCCUUUCUGACUGUGCAUUAACAAGGCAUCUGGCACCACACGGAAAGUUCAUCUCUUUGAAAUCCUGGCACUUCCUAACCUUCCUAGUAGGCUCAUCUCAGCAGAAGGAGCUCUCACCAUCUCCUCCCCUCCGUCCAAAGCACAAUGGUCUGCAGAAGAGGUCGGGUGACCUGGAGGGAUCGUGCCUUACACGCAGGGAUGCUCGAUGUCUUCAGCAGGCUGACCUGAGUCACCUUGCUAUGAAACACUGUCUUAAUGUGGACUGUGAAGCUUCCUGCAGCAAGAAGCAGUUGUUGUCACAGGGAUAGAUCCAACAGGUUUAUUUCAUCUUUUUUAAAGAACUUCAUGGGUUUGAGUUUGGUGGGGUGAGGAAAUAUCAGCUCUUAAGGGAUAGACGAAUUCUCAUCGUUGAAUUUCUCCUCUUGGGGAAGAAGGACAGAAGUUACAGAUGCUGCAGUCUGCUUCUCUCUCUAUAAAAGGGAUCUUGUAUGUACAGUAUUUUUAUAUCUCUGCAUUCCCACCUAUCAGGAUUUGAAUUGGGAUUGAUAACAUUCUCUACUUAUGGAAAAAAAUGGGUUGUUAUUUUUACAGUGCUAAACAUCUGUGUGUUUAUUUUGUGCCAAAUUACAGCCACUGUUACAUUCUAGUGUUUUCAUUCAGUUUAUUGCUGUUCAUCAAUGUGUAUAUUAUAUAUUUUUAUUAUCAAGUUUUUAUUUUAAUUCAUAUUACCUGUAUGCAAACUAACUGUGGAUUGCUAAUUUAUAUAUAUAUAUAUAAAGGGGAGCACUUGGAGACAGUGUGAGGAUUCCCCUACUUAGUUUACACUCUUGUAAUUGAGCACAGCCAGUCCAUGAAACUCACUGCUUGCUUCCCAGAGCAAUCUGCUGUGUUUGUCCCCUGAGCAGAUGGCUCCUGCUGUCCCUCCUGGCAGCACUGGCACUGCAGGAGUGUGUGGGGUGCAAUAGGAACUGGAGCACAGCUCCCAGCACGGCCUGACGGGUGCUUGAGCUCGGUGCUGUCCUGUGCCAGGGUGGGUGCUGCAGCAGGAAUGCCCAGCAGGGUGGUGGUGUCUGAGGUUUGCUCUUUACCUGUCCCCAGCCAGGGGACAGGUGAUUUUGCUCCACUCUCCCAAGGUGUUCAGGGCUUAGUUUUGCAGUUGCUUUGGGAGGUGGGUGUGGGACACAGUUCCUCGCAUGGAGCACACCAUGGGCAUCUUCUUUUUGUUUCAGAGGACAGGCAUAAACCUGGAGAGGUCCCAGUUUGCUGCACUCCAGCACAUUCGUGGCUGUGCAGCUGGGGCAGUACUGGCUGUGCUGCACACAGGUGCCACUUGGACUGCCCUGCUCAGGACAGGUGCUGGGACAUGGGUUUCAUGUUCAGGAGCUGCCCAAGCCUCAGCUUCUGGGCUGGAAAUACUAUCAGCCACCUCCUCCCCAUCAGCAGCACAGGGCAAGGCUUAGCUAGGCAGUUUGGGCUCUUCAGGAGAGUCCCAGAGAGGACAGUGGCACACACAAAUGACUAUUUUCUACUUCAUGGUAAACAAGUUCCACUGUAUCAGUGUUCACUCUAAGUAGACUCCAUGGUCUGUCUCCAGCUGCAUCUGUGCACUGCAAUAUAGUUAAUUGCCUCGGAUAAAUAACCACAGUUGUCUCAUUUAGCUCUUCAGGGUAAACUUUCAGCUGGUUGAAUCUAAAUAUUAGCCAUGCAAUGAGCUGGAUUAGUCAGAAGGCUUAAAUUCCUCAGAGCUGCAAGUGUAUCCUGCAUUGUAACAGCUAAUCCUUAAAUAUGAAUUGCACACUGACAAUAAUCUUGUCUAUGCAAGCCUAUUCUUGGUUUUAUUUUGACUGUUCACUCUAUAAUUUUACCAGGUUUGGCAUAGAACUUCUGAAUGACAUUUAACCAAAGUAUCAUGUCUGUGUGUGUGUAUAGCAUGUUUUGCUUCAUACUCCUGAAUUGUCCUGAAUGUAAAGGGAUCAUUGCCUUUCCCCAUUUUGUUCAAUAAAUCACCGUAUUUUGUUAUUCGCCACUUCCUUCUGUCCCUCCGUGUGCUUUUCUGGAAACCUAAGUGGGUUACACAAGAGCAGGGGAAAGUAAGACUUUGUUCCACCCUUUGUUCCUGAAACUUAGCUGCUUCUACCAACAAUUAUGUUCUUCCACUGUAAUAGAUGUAGCAAACAAACAAAUUUGUAUUUAAUUUGAUUAUUUUGUUGACAGACAUGGAAAAAAGGCUAUGUAAUAUCUUGGAAAAGAUCUGGACUGUUUGAUUUCCUGAGACUGUGAUACGGAAAAAUAAAGCAGUAUGAUUAUUUGCAAG